AUGGGGAAGGCUGGGAGGUGGCUGAGGAGCAUCUUGGCCGGGAAAAGGGAUGGCGGCAGGAGAGGCGGCAAGCGGGGGCAGUCACAGUGUGACUCGGCGCCUUUGGCCGAGCUGCCGGCGGCCGCGAGCCCGAGGGAGAAGAGGCGAUGGAGCUUCCGGCGGCCUGCGGCGGCGGUCAAGCCCGCCGCCGCACCGUCGCCGUUGGCCCAGGAAGCAGGCGGUCUGUCGGUGUCGGUGUCCGAGCGCGAGCUUGAGCAGAGCAAGCACGCCGUGGCGGUGACCAUGGCGGCCGCCGAUGCCGCGGUGAUACACCUGACGGCCCCAGAGGCGGAGGACGACCUCAACCUGUAUGCCACCCCUGUCCAGGAGGCCGCGGCCGCAAGGAUCCAGGCCACCUUCAGAGGCUACCUGGCAAGGAAGGCUCUGUGCGCGCUGAGAGGUCUGGUGAAGCUGCAGGCGCUGAUCAGGGGCCACCUGGUGAGGAAGCAGGCCAGAGCCACGCUCCGCCGCAUGCAGGCGCUCCUCAUGGCGCAGACCCGCGUGCGCGCGCAGCGCAUGCGCAUGCUCGAGGAGGAAGACCACGCUGCCGCCGCUGCCCCUGUUGACCGCCGGUCCCCGCAGCACCCCAGACGCCGCCGCUCCUACGAGAUGGACAGGUCCGGCGAGGAGCAUGCCAAGAUCGUCGAGAUGGACAUGGGGGAGCCGCCGCGGCGGGGGCGGAGCAGCUGCUCGGUCGCGGCGAGCGAGCCUUGGUCGGCAGAGCGCCGGCGAGCCGAGUACUACGGCCCCGGCCAGUGCUCGCCAGCGCCGUCGGCGGCGUUCACCGAGAUCACGAGCCCACGCGCCUACAGCGGGCACUUCGAGGACUUCGAGCCGGCGACGGCGCGUGUCAGCGCGUACGUGCCGGCAGGUUACGCCGACGAGGGCGAGUCCGCGUCCGAGUUCUUCCCCAACUACAUGGCCAACACCCAGUCCUCGCGCGCCAAGGCCCGGUCCCAGAGCGCGCCGAAGCAGAGGCCCGACUCGCCGUCGCCGCUGGAGCGGCAGCCGAGCCGGCGCCGCGGUGGCCCGGCACCCCUGCCGAGAAGCGUCAAGAUGCAGCGGUCGUCGUCGCACGUCGGCGUGCCCAUGCCAUCGUCGGCGGCCGCCAUGUACGCACAGCACUACCCGUGGUCGGUGAAGCUGGACCGGUCCAGCGCGUCGCUCCAUGAGAGCGAGUGCGGGUCGACGAGCUCCGUCCUCACCGCCGCUACCACCGUCGGUUACAGCCGCUCCAUGGUCGGAUUCGAGGUGCACAGGAGCCAGUAUUGA